AUGCUACCAUACCUCUUCCCUGACCUUGCUGCCUUUCCCACAGUCGCUGACCUCAUUACGCACCUUCGCACUAGUGACACUCGCUACCGCGCUGCGCUUCCUGCUGAGUUCUCUGCCAAGAACCCCACCCCCAUGUACAUCACCCUCUACUACAUAGUCACCCGGCUCCCUGACUCCCUUCGCUUAGUCAGGGACCACUUCCUCUUAGUUUGCCCCACCACACUCACUGUUGACCUCCUCGAGGAGCGCCUCCUAGCAAUAAAGAAGAGCAUAGUCGCUGUAGGAGCCUCUCGUGGUGACCCUCGCACCCCCGUCUUUGAGGGUCGGUCGGCGCUGCGUCUACCCCUAGCGGGAGACUCCGCACUGGCAAGGGCAAGGGGGGCAAGGGCGCUGGAGGGGCUGGCGGGGGCGGUGGAGGUGGUGGUGGAGGCAGUGGAGGGGGUGGGGGUGGUGGUGGGAGUGGUGGCGGGGGUGGAGGUGUCGGUGGCAGGAGUGGAGGCGGAGGAGGCGGCGGCGGUGGCGGAGGGAGCAGAGGCGGCGGAGGUGGCGGAGGCGGCGGAGGUGGCGGAGGCGGCGGAGGUGGCGGAGGAGGCGGCGGCAGCGGUGGAGCUGGUCACGGCUCUGCGCAGAGGAGUGGGUCCGGUGGUGAUCCGCGCCAGCAGUAGCAGCGCAGUUGUGAGACCCUGUCCCCUCAGCAGCUUCGUGAGUGGUACGCUGCGCGUCAGUGAGGCUGCUGCUCUAGGUGCUGGUGAGGCUGCUGCUCUAGGUGCUAGUACGUAUGCUGCCCCAGGUGCUGCUGAGUCUGCUCUCUGA